AUGGUGCCUCUCUAUCGCUUGUUCCGCGCUCUCGCUUUCACGCUCGGGCUCGAGUGGAAUGACUGUGUGGAAGACACCAAUCAUGAUCCCCUGUCUGUCCCCGCUCCUUCACCGGCCACGAUUGACACUAAAGUUGCAAAGAAAAAACCAAGUGAGACAGUCUCGCUAGCUGAUAACAGCUUAUUGGGUCUAAUAAGCCCCUCUCCCACCCCUGCGUCUUAUCGCCACGAAACUUCGUCCAAGAACGCUGUACACGUUGACAUCUCGGAUGCUUUAAGCGAAAAAGAAAAAGUGAAAUUCACAGUUCACACUAAGACUACACUGCCGGAGUUCCAGAAGUCAGAGUUUGUUGUGGUACGGCAACACGAAGAGUUUGUGUGGCUCCAUGACAGAUACGAGGAGAAUGAAGAGUAUGCCGGUUAUAUUAUACCACCGGCGCCACCUAGGCCGGAUUUCGACGCAUCUCGGGAGAAACUGCAACGGUUGGGGGAAGGGGAAGGGGCUCUCACUCGAGAGGAGUUUCUCAAGAUGAAGGAGGAAUUGGAAGAUGAAUAUCUAGCCACAUUCAAGAAAACCGUAGCGAUGCAUGAAGUAUUCCUGCAGCGAUUGGCGGGCCAUCCAGUGUUCAGAAACGAUUCGCAUCUACGCGUGUUCUUGGAGUACGAGCAGGAUUUGUGCGCGAAGCCGCGCGGCAAAAUGGACCUUAUUGGAGGACUGAUGCGUUCAAUGACAACAACCACAGACGAGAUAUACCUGGGGGCUACAGUUCGAGAUGUGAACGAUUUCUUCGAGCAGGAAACUUCUUUCCUACAGGAAUAUUACUCGCAUCUGAAGGACGCUGUGGCCAAAGUUGACAGGAUGACUUCCAAACAUAAAGAUGUAGCAGACGCUCAUAUCAAGCUAUCAUCUUGUAUCACACAAUUGGCCACUCGGGAACAACCGCCAACCGAAAGAUUCCUCACUAGGGCAGCGGAAACUUUCGAUAAGUGUCGAAAAAUCGAAGGUCGCAUGGCGUCAGACCAAGAUCUGAAGUUAGCUGACACACUUCGCUAUUACAUGAGAGAUGCCCACGCUGCCAAAGCUGUAUUAGUUAGGAGACUUAGAUGUUUAGCAGCUUACGAAGCAGCCAAUAGGAAUUUGGAGAAGGCGCGAGCUAAAAACAAGGAUGUCCAUGCUGCUGAACAGCAACAAGCGGACGCUUGCGCUCGUUUCGAACAACUGUCGGCGCGUGCGAGAGAAGAACUACUGGAUUUCCGCACUAGGCGAGUGGCAGCUUUCAGAAAGAGCCUCAUAGACCUCGCCGAAUUGGAGAUCAAACACGCCAGAGAGCAACAGGAGCUGUUCCGGAAGUCUCUGCAAGUCCUAAAAGAGUGCGCAUAGACAAUGACCAACCAUAGACUACAGACUCUUGCAUAGAUAAAGGUUACAAGUU